GAAAUGUCCACAGAAUCCUAGUCAACCAGCCUUUCCUCUUCCUGCCUAUUUACCACCACCUCCUUUCUCCCACAUAGAAGGGAGAAGACCUCAAAUUCCAUUUCCAAAACUCUUCCAAGCAUCAUCCCUUCAGCUCCAAGAGUCAUCAUCCCCAGCCACCAAACCAUGAGGUCCAAGAUCCUUGUCUCCCUGAAUACAAAGCUCCUCUUCCUUGGCUUCUUCCUUCUCUUCAUCCUCUGCUUCAUCCUAAGAUCCAACCUCUCUUCCUCUCCAUAUCCACCAACCACCUCUUCUCCGCAAUCUAAUUCAUCAGAAGAGACCCAAUCCAGCCUACCAUCAACAACAACAAGACCAACCCAAUCCUGCACAAAGAUCCCACCCUCCCUAGCAAACACCAUCAUCCACUAUGCCGCCUCGAACACCACCCCGCAACAAACCAUCAAGGAGAUCUCCAUCACAUCCCAAGUACUGGAGAGGAGGUCGCCAUGCAACUUCCUGAUCUUCGGCCUGGGCCGCGACAGCCUCAUGUGGACUGCACUCAACCACGGCGGCCGCACCGUCUUCCUCGAAGAAGACCGGCAAUGGAUCGAGACGAUCCAGCAGGAGCUGCCAAAUUUGGAAGCAUACCAUGUCGAGUAUGACACGAAGGUGAGCCAGGCUGAGGAGCUUCUGGAGCUCGGGCAGCUGCCGGAGUGCACGACGGUGGGCGACGUGAGGCUGUCCAAGUGCCGGCUGGCGCUGAAGGGGUUGCCGGAGGCGUUCUUCGAGGUGGAGUGGGAUUUGAUCAUGGUGGACGCGCCCACGGGGUACUUCCCCGGAGCGCCGGGGAGGAUGGGGGCGAUAUACACCGCCGGGAUGGCGGCGAGAUGGAGGAAGGAGGGGGAGACGGAUGUGUUCGUGCAUGAUGUGAACAGGUUUGCGGAGGACCGGUUCAGUAGGAAAUUCUUGUGUGAAGGCUACAUGAGGCAGGAGGAGGGGUUCUUGAGGCACUUCACCAUUCCCAGCCACAGGGGUGAUAUGGCCAUGCCCUUCUGUCCUAAUUAAUGGUGGUAUGGAUGGAGAGUGAUGCGUUUGUCAUUUGGGAUAGCUUGCUCAUCUUUGGGGGUAGUUUCAUUGGAUUCAUUUGGCAUUUUGGAGGUGGGGUAAUUGUGGAGGGUUGCUAUUCUAAGAGGAGAUCUUGAUGCAGUGGAUUGAUUUCUUAAUUCGGUAUUCUUCAAGAUCUCCAUGAAGAACUCCUUUACUGUUAUAAUGUCUAUCUAUUAGAGACAAUUCCCGUCUGGGAUCUUUAGAUUACCAUCCUUAUCUUUGCCAUCAGCAGGCAUGGGACAAUUUGGAUUGGUUGUGGGGGUUGGUCUUGCUGUGUCUCGAUUUUUUGCUGCAAGCAGAGGGAUCAGUUGAUUUGUCUGUUUGAUAUUCUUCAACUUCUCAGGGAGAUUUCUUAAUCUUUUUUUUUUCCUGAAAAUCUUCUUGUGUGCUGAUGCGUACAAGAUACCUUUUUUUAAGCAUCAUUUUUUUCUUUCACUAAUAUUUUUCCUGUUUUUGUCGGGUUACUCUUUUUGUGUGUUGAUGUGCACUUUGGAAACAAUGACUCGGCACAUUGUAGUGGCUUUGAGUUUUGAUUGGCAAUUACCACUUUUCUGAAAUCAUGUAAAUGAGGCAUGAAUGCAAUCCUUAGUGCACCUUGGGAAAAUAUUAUGGCUUUGAAGUGAUUACUAGGAGUGGAUCCUAUGGAACUAUGCUUCCGGGUUAUCUUGUCAUUUUUCUCGGAAACAUGUAUAGAAGCUACAUAGGCUUCUUUGCCUAAAAUUUUUUUGAUUGGCUGUUUUUCUGAUAAGCCGAUCUGAUGUUAAGGAUUGGCCAUCACCAUUGAUUGAAA